AUGCCAAAGCCGGUACAGAAUCAGAAACGCGAAAAAGAAAAAGGACAGCUCGUGCUGGAGCGACGCCCGUCCAGGGCCUCUGCAGCUCGGCGGCAGAGAGAGGGCUCUGACGUCAUUAUAAGUAAAAGUGACCCAGUGGGCAUUGGAGUAGGACUCUUCGGAAAGGAAAAGAAAUACAGUGAGGAGGAUGAAGACAAACCCGUCGUAAUUAGAACAAGUGUCCAUUCUGGAAUUGGAUUCAGUACACACCCACCGGACAGACAUAGAGAUAUGCCGAUCAGAAUGCGUCGCUCUAGCACAUCCCAUAAAAUAGAAGAAUCAAAAACAUCUGAAUAUACUGAAGAAGCAGCCGAAUCUAUUGCUACGUUGUCUGGAUACGCGAAUGUGCCCCCUCGUAGUCGUGAUCAUCUAAGUACAGUACCUGAAGAUGCUGCAUGCAACUUUCAAGCGUCAGAGGAGAACAAAGAUGGUCCGCAUUCUCGCCGUGAUUCUAAUGGGAGAGUUACUCCUGAGAUCAAGAUUAUCGAGCCAACACCACCCACUAGUCAAGCUAGUAGUAAGAAAGUUGCAAACAGUCGAGGCCAGGAAGGAGCCAAUAGUAAUAAUGUGAGCAAGCAGGGUGACAAUGAUGAUAGUGAGACUGGAAGCAUUAGAAGUAGACAUCCAGAGGAACAUGAUAUUGAUGGCUGGACUGAGGCACGGGCCAGGGAGGCUUACAGAGAAGGGAAACUCGGAGGGGAGACUGGUAAAAAGAAGAAUUCCUAG